AAACUGAAUUGUAUGAGAAGAAAGACAAAUAUAUUGUAAAAGAUGUAUCCAUUCGGAGACAUGGAUAUGGCCGAUGGGCCACCGACAGAUUACGAAAUGUUACCAAAGAAAAAAAGACAUAGACAUAAAUACACUCAUCAACAAGUGAUGGAACUUGAAAAGUAUGUGGGCGUUAAGCUACAAGAUCAACAAAUAACUAACCUCGCUAAUAAGUUUAAUUUAAGCUUCUAUCAAAUUAAGGUUUGGUUCAAAAAUCGUAAAGCUAAAGCACGUAUUCGCAAAUCAAGCAAUGCACAAAGUUCUACCCCACAACCAGACAUUAAACAACCCAGUAUACAGCAAGAUGUUAUUAUGCCAUAUUCUAUUAAUCAAUUACUCUUUAAACAACCUGCUACUUACCAAACACCCGUUGAACCACCUGGUAUUUAUAAAGAAGCCCUUAAAUAUUAUUUUGAAGAAUUUGAACAAAAUGGUAAACACCAAUCAACCAUUGGACAAAGACCUAUCCCACAAGCACCUAUUCAACAACUUAGUAUUCAACAAUCAAGCACAAGACAAAGUUGUAUCCCGCAAGCACCCACUAAAGAUCCUGGUAUUCACCAAAAUGGCAUUAAACCACAUUCUAUUCAUGAUUUAAAAUUUAAACAACGUGAUACUCACCAAAUACCCGUUGAACCACCCGGUAUUUACAAAGAAGCCAUUGAUUUUUAUAUUCAAAAAUAUGGCUAUGAACAAUUUGGUACUCACCAAACAAAGACAUCAAGAGGCACAGGACAAAGACCUAAACGGCAAGCAUCCGUUAAACAUUCUGGUAUUCACCAACAAGCCAUUAAACGACCUCCUAUUAACCAAUCAACCAUUGAACAGAGACAAAUCCCGCAAGCACCCACUAAACAUCCUGGUAUUCACCAAAAUAGCAUUAAGCCACAUUCUAUUCAUGAAUUAAAAUUUAAACAACGUGAUACUCACCAAAUACCCGUUGAGCCACCCGGUAUUUACAAAGAAGCCAUUGAUUUUUAUAUUCAAAAAUAUGGCUAUGAACAAUUUGGUACUCACCAAACAAAGACAUCAAGAGGCACAGGACAAAGACCUAAACGGCAAGCAUCCGCUAAACAUUCUGGUAUUCACCAACAAGCCAUUAAACCACCUCCUAUUAACCAAUCAACCAUUGAACAGAGACAAAUCCCACAAGCAUCCACUGAACAUCCUGGUACCACCAUUAAGCCACGUUCUUUUCGUGAUUUAGACUUUAAACAACCUGAUACUUACCAAGAAGCCAUUGAACAACCUGGUAUUCACCAAGAUGUCAUUAAACGAUCUCCCAUUCACCAAACAAACAUUGAACAAACUCAUACCCCGCAAGUACACAUUGAGCAACCUAGUAUUCACCAAGCAAACAUUAAUCAACAUUAUAUUCAACAAUUAAUCUUUAAACAAUAUGGUAUUUACCAGUCAGAUACUGAACAAAGACCUAUUGAACAAGCACCCAUUGAACAACGUGGUGUCCACCAAUCAGACACAAGACAAAGUCCUAUUCCGCAAGCACCCAUAGAACAUCCUGGUAUUCACCAAGGUGACAUUAAACCAUAUUCUAUUAAUAAUUUAAUCUUUAAACAAUCUGGUACUUACCAGCCAGCCAUUGGACAACCUGGUAUUCACCAAAAAGUCAGUAAACGAUCUCCUGUUCACCAAGCAGAUAUUGAACAAAGCCCUAUCCCACAAGCAUCCAUUGAACAACUUAGUGCCCACCAAUCAGGCACAAGACAAAGUCCAAUCCCACAAACAUCCAUUGAACAUCCUGGUAUUCACCAAGGUGACAUUAAGCUACAUUCUAUUAAUAAUUUAAUCUUUAAACAACCUGGUACUUACCAAUCAACCAUUGGACAACCUGGUAUUCACCAAAAAGUCGGUAAACGAUCUCCAAUUCACCAAGCAGACAUUGAACGAAGUCCUAUCCCACAAGCACCCAUUGAACAAUCUGGUUUUCACCAAGAAGCCAUUAAACGAACUCAAACUCCGCAACCUGGUAUUCACCAAGCAGAUAUUAACCAACGUUAUAUUCAACAAUUUAGCUUUGAACAAUAUGGCAUUCACCAGUCAGACAUUGAACAAAGAUCUAUCCCACAAACACCCAUUGAACAACAUGGUGUUCAGCAAGAAGCUAUUAAACGAUCUCCUGUGUACCAAGCAGACAUUGAACAAAGCCCUAUCCCACAAGCACCUAUUGAACAAUUUGGUGCCCACCAAUCAGGCACAAGACAAAGUCCUAUUCCGCAAGCAGUUAUUGAACAACCUGGUACUCACCAAGAAGCCAUUAAACGAACUCAUACCCCACAACCUGGUAUACACCAAGCAGAUAUUAACCAACGUUAUAUUCAACAAUUUGGCUUUGAACAAUAUGGUAUUCACCAGUCAGACACUGAACAAAGACCUGUCCCACAAGUACCUAUUGAACAACGUGGUGUUCACCAAGAAGCCAUUAAACGAUCUCCUGUUUACCAAGCAGACAUUGAACAAAGCCCUAUCCCCCAAGCAGCCAUUGAACAACUUAGUGUCCACCAAUCAGGCACAAGACAAAGUCCUAUUCCGCAAGCACCCAUUGAACAACAUGGUAUUCACCAAGAAAUCAUUGAACGAACUCAUACCCCGCAACCUGGUAUUCACCAAGCAGAUAUUAAUCAACUUUAUAUUCAAGAAUUAGGCUUUGAACAAUAUGGUGUUCACCAGUCAGACAUUGAACAAAGACCUAUCUCACAAGGGCCCAUUGAACAACGUGGUGUUCACCAAGAAGCUAUUAAACGAUCUCCUGUGUACCAAGCAGACAUUGAACAAAGCCCUAUCCCACAAGCACCCAUUGAACAACUUGGUGUUCACCAAUCAGGCACAAGACAAAGUCCUAUUCCGCAAGCAGCCUUCGAACAACCUGGUAUUCACCAAGAAGCCUUUAAACGAACUCAUACCCCGCAACCUGGUAUUCACCAAGCUGAUAUUAACCAACGUUAUAUUCAACAAUUUGGCUUUGAACAAUAUGGUAUUCACCAGUCAGACAUUGAACCCAUCCCACAAGCACCCAUUGAACAAGGUGGUGUUCUCCAAGAAGCCAUUAAACAAUCUCCUGUUUACCAAGCAGGCAUUGAACAAAGUCCUAUCCCAGAAGCACCCAAUGAACAAUUUGGUGUCCACCAAUCAGGCACAAGACAAAGUCCUAUUCCCCAAGCAGCCAUUGAACAACCUGGUAUUCACCAAGAAGCCAUUGAACGAACUCAUACCCCGCAACCUGGUAUUCACCAAGCUGAUAUUAACCAACUUUAUAUUCAACAAUUUGGCUUUGAACAAUAUGGCAUUCACCAGUCAGACAUUGAACAAAGAUCUAUCCCACAAGCACCCAUUGAACAACGUGAUGUUCAACAAGAAGCCAUUAAACGAUCUCCUGUUUACCAAGCAGGCAUUGAACAUAGUCCUAUACCAGAAGCACCCAAUGAACAACUUGGUGUCCACCAAUCAGGCACAAGACAAAGUCCUAUUCCGCAAGCACCCAUUGAACAGCCUGGCAUUCACCAAAAAGCCAUUAAACGAACUCAUACCCCGCAACCUGGUAUUCACCAAGCAGAUAUUAAACAACGUUAUAUUCAACAAUUAGGAUUUGAACAAUAUGGUAUGCAUCAGUCAGACAUUGAACAAAACCCUUUGCCACAAGCACCCAUUGAACAACUUGGUGUCCACCAAUCAGGCACAAGACAAAGUCCUAUUCCGCAAGCACCCAUUGAACAGCCUGGCAUUCACCAAGAAGCCAUUAAACGAACUCAUACCCCGCAACCUGGUAUUCACCAAGCAGAUAUUAAACAACGUUAUAUUCAACAAUUAGGAUUUGAACAAUAUGGUAUGCAUCAGUCAGACAUUGAACAAAACCCUUUGCCACAAGCACCCAUUGAACAACGUGGUGCUCAACAAUCAGGCACAAGACAAAGUCCUAUUCCCCAAGCAGCCAUUGAACAACCUGGUAUUCACCAAGAAGCCAUUCAACGAACUCAUACCCCGCAACCUGGUAUUCACCAAGCAGAUAUUAACCAACUUUAUAUUCAACAUUUAGGCUUUGAACAAUAUGGUAUGCAUCAGUCAGACUUUGAACAAAACCCUUUGCCACAAGCACCCAUUGAACAACUUGGUAUUCACCAAGAAGCCAUUAAACGAUCUCCUGUUUACCAAGCAGACAUUGAACAAAGCCCUAUCCCACAAGCAGCCAUUGAACAACUUGGUGACCACCAAUCGGGCACAAGUCAAAGUCCUAUUCCGCAAGCACCCAUUGAACAAUCUGGUGUUCACCAAGAAACUAUUAAACGAUCUCCUAUUUACCAAGCAGUCAUUGAACAACAUUAUAAUUACCAAGUACCCAUUACACAAUAUGCUUUUUAUCAAUCAGCCUCUGAACAACUUGCCAAUGGGGCUUAUACGAAUAUGGGGUUAACACAAACACAAGAUAAAGUUUGGUACCAGGACAGAGAUAACAACCAUUUUUUUGAAAAUGGAAUAGGUGGAUACAAUAGCCACCAUCAAAAUAGGUUGUAUUAUUAA